AUAGUCGGACACCAGGGAACAGCAGGACAGGCGCCUGUUUUGAGUUUUUUAAAAAAUCACUGAAAACCUCUGAUGGAAAGAAAACGUUUUUGGAUUUCUGUCUUGGAGAACCUUCAUCCAUUGGACAGGAGUGGAGACGCACUUUUCACACGGAAAAUUAUGCCAACUUUUGACAGCGUUGUGUUAAUGUGACUGAGUCCAACAGUUGAGAAGUAUGACAUCUAAUUGAUCACUGAAAAAACCAACGAUUUAUAGUAAGAUGUUUUUUGGAUGUGGACUGUGGGUGUGGAUGCGUUAGUGAUCUGUUUGACCAGACUGAGGAGCGGACACCGAAGCAUCUUCCAAACCUUGAGUAAAACUUAAUUUUGCUGAAAAAGCUGUUCUAGUCUAAUACCAGGACAUUAAAAUGGCCAACGCAUCCUAUAACCCCACAAUCCUCCACGUUGAUCUCAACUCUCUAAGUGAGUACAUGGAUGAUAACGAAACAAACUCUACCAGUGAAGAUCUAAGUUAUCUGGGCUGUGUUCAGAUCAACAUCCCUCAGGAGCUCUUCCUGGCGCUCGGGCUGAUCAGCCUGGUGGAGAACAUCCUGGUCGUUAUGGCCAUCUUCAAGAACCGCAAUCUACACUCACCUAUGUACUACUUCAUCUGUUGCUUGGCUGUGUCCGACAUGCUGGUCAGUGUGAGCAACGUGGUGGAGACAAUAUUCAUGCUUCUCAACGACCACGGCCUGCUGGACGUGCACCCGGGGAUGCUGCGCCACCUGGACAACGUCAUCGACGUGAUGAUCUGCAGCUCCGUGGUAUCAUCCCUCUCCUUCCUGUGCACCAUCGCUGCAGAUCGCUACAUCACCAUCUUUUACGCACUACGGUACCACAGCAUCAUGACCACACAGCGUGCCGUGGCCAUUAUCGUGGUAGUGUGGCUGGCCAGCAUCACCUCCAGCACCCUUUUCAUCGUGUAUCACACUGACAAUGCAGUCAUUGUGUGCCUCGUUACCUUCUUCUGCAUAACCCUGGUGUUUAACGCGGUGCUAUACCUGCACAUGUUUCUCCUUGCGCAUGUGCAUUCCCGGCGCAUCAUGGCUUUCCACAAAAGCAGGCGUCAGUCCACAAGCAUGAAAGGAGCGAUUACCCUGACCAUCCUGCUGGGGGUCUUCAUUAUAUGCUGGGGCCCAUUCUUCCUCCACCUUAUUCUCAUCCUCACUUGCCCCACCAGCCCGUUCUGCAACUGUUUCUUCAGAAACUUCAAUCUGUUUCUUAUUCUCAUCAUCUGUAACUCGCUCAUCGACCCACUCAUCUACGCGUACCGGAGCCAGGAGCUGCGUAAAACCCUGCAGGAGCUGGUCCUGUGUUCCUGGUGCUUCGGCCUGUGACAUCAUGCACAUUCAGGAAGAAGACGAGAGCACUUUAUGUUACAUGCAAUGCAGGCUGUCUCUUCUUCCUGAACGUACAUUAUGUCAGAAGCUUAAGUGCGCAGUGACUGAUAAAGUCUUCCACUGGAGAGCGAUGUCCAUGCGUCAGACUGUACACAUCAGACGCAGAUUUCCAUAAAGAUCAUGAGUUUGAUGUUCACCUUGACCUCUUGUUGCAGUGGGCUGGCGCGCCCCAAUGUCCAAUAAAAACUAUGAACCAAGAGAAAAUCCAUAAGUCAGUCAGUCCUGUCUACGAUGUAUCAAGAUUGCAUGUGUUCUGGUGUUUUAACCUUUUGGAUGAUUCGUUCUUUAUCUGUGUUUAAAAACUACUGAUAAAUGUAAAGACAAAUGUAUAAAUGAAGCUGAUCACACAGACUGUAAAUAUGUAUUAUAGUAUUUGAUUCACUGCCUCAUAAAACCAGAAUGAACUUGAAAUUACCAUAUGUUGUGAGCCUGGCUGUGAUGUUUUGAUGAUACAUGAUAAGACAUAAUUCUAGCUCUGUUUUGUGUUCAUACUUGUUCUUUCAAGAAUCUUGAAAAGUUUCUGUAUGUUGAAUGAUACCUGAUUCUUUUGGGGAGGCUUGUAUUUGAUGGUGCUGCAGCAUUUGAAGAUUGUAUUUUUGUGUAUAUGAUUGAUUUCCAUGUUUUCAAGUCAGUUGAAUCUCAGAACAGAUGUGAAUCUAUAACCUAAUAAAUAAGAAUAAUAGUGAAAUGAAUGGUGCAGCAGUAGCUACAUGAAGCACUGUGCAUUUCAUUUAACAUGAAAUCCAAGAAACAGAAAAAAGCUGCAAAAUAUAUGAUAGGAGAGUUUAAUUCACCACACCACCCUGAUUUUACUCUCAAGAAAAUGUUCAUAUAAUAAAUAAAUUAGAACUCAAGAAAUAUAUAGUCAAAAUCACAUGAAUGGUCUCUAAAGGCCCUGAUAGGAAAAGUAGACUGAGAUUAAGUGGUCUAUGAAAGAGAGCAGGGUUACCUUUGAGAAAGUUGUGUGAUUUUCUAAUAUAUGAAAUGUUUGGCAAGACAUAUAUAAUAUAUUUUGUCCAUUAUGUAGUUCAACUGGCUGAUAUUGUCUUGAAAACAAACCUACUGAUUUAACUCAUAAAUCAUGGCGAAAUAAUAUGCGUUAAUGUAAAACUGCAAACAAAGAAUAACAGUCAUUUCACUAAUCAUUUUCUUUCUCAAAUCCAGCCUAUUAACAGGCUUCACUUACAGCUGUGAAUGAGGGUCACUUUGGGUUAGUUUCUUAGAAUCACAGGUCUCAUGAUAAGACUGCCUGCCAAAAUAGAACCCACCAUACAUCACUGUUUUGAGAUGAUCAGCACCAUUAAGUGUGGGAAGCCACUAUUUGGGCGAUAUUAAAAAUAAUUCCAGUUGCACACUACCAUGUAUGAACAAUGCUCACCAGUGUAUUUGCUGCUGGUAGCAAUACAACAGAAGCUGAUACUGCCGCUACACUACAGUUAUGUUGGACAUGAGUCUCCAUAUUUUUUUUUUUUUAUACAUUUGGUUCUUUGAAUCAUAUUUAUUCAUUUCUUGAAUUUUCUUCUAUUUUUACAUAUUGUAUUGUUUUGUUUUAUUAUUGUGUGUGUGGAAAAAUUAGGUGUUUAGAAGACUGGAAAUAUAAAGUAAGUUUGUUUCUCUUCAUACAUUUUUGACAAUAAGAUGCUGAGGUAGUUGAUGAUAGGCUUAGUGCUUUAGUGUAUCCCAUAAAGUAACUAUAACCCAAUACAAAAUGUAAAUGCUGAGGUUUCUGUAGAAUCUGCAUCCAAUGUUGUCUGUGUAAGUUCUCAUUUGGUCAGGUCAUAGUUCUUCUGGAUUCAACUGGAGCAAAACAAGUCCAGCUGAACCUAGAAGAACUACCAACAACACAUCCAAUGUUGACUUGAAACUGGACAGAGUAUGUGAUAGUUCUUGAAUAGCAGAUUAAAGAGCAGUAUAUGGGGACAGAUUAUGUGAUAAAUGUAAUCAUUGAAAUUGUUUACAUGCUGUCAGUGUGUCUGCAAUAAAGAGACCAAACUAAACAACUCAGUCAAUAAAUGAUAACCAAAAUGUUAUCCAGUUA